UCGGCCCAUCCAUUAUCUGCUUCGUGGCCGUAUAAAUCUGGGAUUAGGUUUAGGGUUACGCCCUUUCAUCCUCCUCUGCGCAACAAUUCCAGUUCCGAAGUUUCCUAAGCGCAUACUUUCAAGUUUCAUCACUGCGCCGCUUCCUCUCUUCUCCUGCAAGUGCCACCAUGGAAGUAGAGGCCCAAGUUCCAGUUCCUGCUCCAGCUCCGGCGUCGGUUACUGGUCCCAUGGACGUCAAGUUGUUCAAUCGCUGGGUGUUCGAUGAUAUUGCGAUCAACGACAUUUCCUUGUCGGACUACAUCGGCGUCCAAUCGGCAAAGCAUGCAACUUUUGUCCCUCACACAGCUGGGAGGUACUCGGCCAAGCGUUUCAGGAAGGCCCAGUGCCCGAUCAUUGAGAGGCUUACCAACUCUCUUAUGAUGCACGGGAGAAACAAUGGUAAGAAGCUGAUGGCUGUGAGGAUUGUGAAGCAUGCCAUGGAGAUCAUCCACCUCCUAACUGAUGCAAACCCAAUCCAGAUCAUCGUUGAUGCUGUCGUCAACAGGUCAGCACGAGCUUAUGAUUGAGAGUGAAGUCAAUUGGUUUGUGGAUGAGUUUGUUUCUUCAUAGUAUUUUGAUUUGCAGUGGUCCUCGUGAAGAUGCAACCAGAAUCGGUUCAGCUGGUGUUGUGAGGCGUCAGGCUGUGGAUAUUUCUCCACUCAGGCGGGUCAACCAGGCCUUGUACCUCCUGACCACUGGAGCAAGGGAGUCUGCUUUCCGUAACAUCAAGACCAUUGCCGAAUGCUUGGCUGAUGAACUCAUCAAUGCUGCUAAGGGAUCCUCUAACAGCUAUGCUAUCAAGAAGAAGGACGAGAUUGAAAGAGUUGCAAAAGCCAACCGUUAAGAGAAGCUUUGUCUAUGUCAAACGUCUGUUGUCUUUAGGUUUAGCUUGUGUUUCUGGAAAAUGCAUGGAGAAUUUUGGUACUUGUCUUCUUUGCUGAAGGGGUCCUUUGUGGGUUGUUAGUGAAUACUGGUACUGAUCGAUGGUUGCUAUUACAGUUGAUUGGUUGAUACUUCCGAGUAAUUUACCAGCGUGAUGUACUUUUGAUAUUUUGUUGAUGAUUGCUUCCUCUAUCUUUGUGAUCGGCUGGAUGUGCGUUUAUGUCUCUUGGUGCAUUGGUACAAAAAGAAAGGCUUUUCCCUUUAUUUGUGAAAUUAUAUGUCUUGUUUCUUUUUCCUACUAGUCGGUUGUUAGUGAUUGGAGUUGAUGCCUUGCAUGGAUUGAGGAAUCGAAUGAGUUUAGACUUUAGAUUGUUGCCAACUCAGUUAAGUUGAUA